AUGGACACUGCUCACACUGCCCUCUCUGCUCACACUGCCCUCUCUGCUCACACUUCCCACACUGCCCUCUCUGCCCUCUCUGCCCUCUCUGCCCUUUCUGCCCACACUGCCCUCUCUGCCCUCUCUGCCCUCUCUGCCCUCUCUGCCCACACUGCCCUCUCUGCCCUCUCUGCUCACACUGCCCUCUCUGCUCACACUUCCCACACUGCCCUCUCUGCCCUCUCUGCCCUCUCUGCCCUUUCUGCCCACACUGCCCUCUCUGCCCACACUGCCCUCUCUGCCCUCUCUGCUCACACUGCCCUCUCUGCUCACACUGCCCUCUCUGCUCACACUGCCCUCUCUGCUCACACUGCCCUCUCUGCUCACACUGCCCUCUCUGCUCACACUGCCCUCUCUGCUCACACUGCCCUCUCUGCUCACACUGCCCUCUCUGCUCACACUUCCCACACUUCCCACACUGCCCUCUCUGCCCUCUCUGCUCACACUGCCCUCUCUGCUCACACUGCCCUCUCUGCUCACACUUCCCACACUGCCCUCUCUGCCCACUCUGCCCUCUCUGCCCUUUCUGCCCACACUGCCCUCUCUGCCCUCUCUGCCCUCUCUGCCCUCUCUGCCCACACUGCCCUCUCUGCCCUCUCUGCUCACACUGCCCUCUCUGCUCACACUGCCCUCUCUGCUCACACUGCCCUCUCUGCUCACACUGCCCUCUCUGCUCACACUGCCCUCUCUGCUCACACUUCCCACACUUCCCACACUGCCCUCUCUGCCCUCUCUGCCCUCUCUGCCCUCUCUGCCCUCUCUGCCCUCUCUGCCCUCUCUGCCCGCUCUGCUCACCUGCGGACGGCUGCUUGGCCAGCGCUGCCUGUUGGGCGUGCAGUUGGUGUCUCAGCGAUGCCACCUCAGCAUCCAACGUGGCCUGGUGACGGCCAUUCCGCCCACCUCCCCAUUCCCCCCUCGCUUCCUCCUUCGGGCCAUCCAGCCCCCCUCCCCCUUCCCCCUCGCUUCCUCCCCCUAAGGGCCAUCCAGCCCACCUCCCCCUUCCCCCUCGCUUCCUCCUCCUUCGGGCCAUCCAGCCCACCUCCCCCUUCCCCCUCGCUUCCUCCUCCUUCGGGCCAUCCAGCCCACCUCCCCCUUCCCCCUCGCUUCCUCCUCCUUCGGGCCAUCCAGCCCACCUCCCCCUUCCCCCUCGCUUCCUCCUCCUUCGGGCCAUCCAGCCCACCCCCCCCUUCCCCCUCGCUUCCUCCCCCUUCGGGCCAUCCAGCCCACCUCCCCCUUCCCCCUCGCUUCCUCCUCCUUCGGGCCAUCCAGCCCACCUCCCCCUUCCCCCUCGCUUCCUCCUCCUUCGGGCCAUCCAGCCCACCUCCCCCUUCCCCCUCGCUUCCUCCUCCUUCGGGCCAUCCAGCCCACCUCCCCCUUCCCCCUCGCUUCCUCCUCCUUCGGGCCAUCCAGCCCACCUCCCCCUUCCCCCUCGCUUCCUCCUCCUUCGGGCCAUCCAGCCCACCUCCCCCUUCCCCCUCGCUUCCUCCUCCUUCGGGCCAUCCAGCCCACCUCCCCCUUCCCCCUCGCUUCCUCCUCCUUCCCUUCCGCCGCAGCAGCCCUCCCGCUGCCGCCGCCGUUUCCCUUCCGCCGCAGCAGCCCUCCCGCUGCCGCCGCCGUUUCCCUUCCGCCGCAGCAGCCCUCCCGCUGCCGCCGCCGUUUCCCUUCCGCCGCAGCAGCCCUCCCGCUGCCGCCGCCGUUUCCCUUCCGCCGCAGCAGCCCUCCCGCUGCCGCCGCCGUUUCCCUUCCGCCGCAGCAGCCCUCCCGCUGCCGCCGCCGUUUCCCUUCCGCCGCAGCAGCCCUCCCGCUGCCGCCGCCGUUUCCCUUCCGCCACAGCAGCCCUCCCGCUGCCGCCGCCGUUUCCCUUCCGCCGCAGCAGCCCUCCCGCUGCCGCCGCCGUUUCCCUUCCGCCGCAGCAGCCCUCCCGCUGCCGCCGCCGUUUCCCUUCCGCCGCAGCAGCCCUCCCGCUGCCGCCGCCGUUUCCCUUCCGCCGCAGCAGCCCUCCCGCUGCCGCCGCCGUUUCCCUUCCGCCGCAGCAGCCCUCCCGCUGCCGCCGCCGUUUCCCUUCCGCCGCAGCAGCCCUCCCGCUGCCGCCGCCGUUUCCCUUCCGCCGCAGCAGCCCUCCCGCUGCCGCCGCCGUUUCCCUUCCGCCGCAGCAGCCCUCCCGCUGCCGCCGCCGUUUCCCUUCCGCCGCAGCAGCCCUCCCGCUGCCGCCGCCGUUUCCCUUCCGCCGCAGCAGCCCUCCCGCUGCCGCCGCCGUUUCCCUUCCGCCGCAGCAGCCCUCCCGCUGCCGCCGCCGUUUCCCUUCCGCCGCAGCAGCCCUCCCGCUGCCGCCGCCGUCCCCCUUCGCCGCCGCAGCCCUCCCGCUGCCGCCGCCGUCCCCCUUCGCCGCCGCAGCCCUCCCGCUGCCGCCGCCGUUCCCCCUUCGCCGCCGCAGCCCUCCCGCUGCCGCCGCCGUUCCCCCUUCGCCGCCGCAGCCCUCCCGCUGCCGCCGCCGUUCCCCCUUCGCCGCCGCAGCCCUCCCGCUGCCGCCGCCGUUCCCCCUUCGCCGCCGCAGCCCUCCCGCUGCCGCCGCCGUUCCCCCUUCGCCGCCGCAGCCCUCCCGCUGCCGCCGCCGUCUCCCUUCGCCGCCCCUCCCGUUGCCGCUCUGGCCUUUCCGUCUCCGCCGCCCUCGCCUCCUCUGCUGCGCCCUCUCCCGUCGCCGCUCCUCGCACCUUCGGCUGA